AUACUUCAUCCUGCUCUGAAAACAAACACAAUGGCUUCACUCCCAGUUGUGCUGUUUCUGGCUGCUGUGCUGCUACCAUCUUUCCCCACCGAAGCAAAGGAUCCAUCCUUUACUGCGCUGUUAACCACUCAAACGGAAGUCCAAAGAGAGAUUGUAAAUAAACACAAUGAACUAAGGAAAUCAGUCUCUCCACCUGCCAGCAACAUGCUAAAGAUGGAAUGCAGCAGAGAAGCAACAGCAAAUGCCCAGAAGUGGGCAAACAAGUGCACUUUAGAACACAGUAAUCCAGAUGGCCAGAAGACCAAUACAAAAUGUGGUGAGAAUCUCUACAUGUCAAGUGACCCUACUGCCUGGUCAGAUGCAAUCCAAAGCUGGUUUGAAGAACACCACAAUUUUGUCUAUGGUGCAGGACCAAAGAGCUUCAGUGCAAUUGUUGGACAUUAUACCCAGCUUGUUUGGUACUCAUCUUUCCGUGUUGGAUGUGGAAUUGCCUACUGUCCCAAUCAGGAGAGUCUAAAAUACUAUGUUUGCCAGUACUUUCCUGCAUAAGUAUAUACUUUAAAUGGUAAUAAUGUGAGUAAAAAGAGUACCCCUUACCAACAAGGAACACCUUGUGCCAGUUGCCCUAAUAACUGUGACAGUAGACUAUGCACCAAUUCUUGUGAGUAUGAAGAUCUCCUUAGUAACUGUGAUUCCUUGAAGAAAACAGCUGGCUGUGAACAUGAAUUGCUCAAGGAAAAGUGCAAGACUACUUGCCUAUGUGAAGGCAAAAUUUACUGA